GGAAGGUGAGCGCGAAGCAAGGUGACGCUAACCAAGGCCAGUUGAGAGAUAUUUUGAGCUUGUGUAGAUUCAGGCUGGUCUCGCUAUAUGCAUCAUGAUGCGUGGUUCAUUCUCGCCGUGAAAUCGCCGAGGAAUUAGAAACAGUUGGAAAAUCGUAUCUACGCAAUGUACACGAGAGCCCUGUCGACGACAUUUCUUGACGUUUGCGCACGACGAAGGCACAAUCUAAGUCAGCUAGGCUUCUCCGAAUCGACGAAGUAGCCCUCUUACCACCCCGCCAAAAGUCUGUUUAGUCUCCCUUUGUUCCCUCAAUAUCACCAAAAGCUCGGCUCCACCAGCUCCCACCAUGUCGCGUCUGCUUGGGGCGUAUCAGUCGCUCUUGACUAACAGACCUUUCAUGGGCAAUAUGUUGACCUCAGCGGUACUCUUUGCUACGGGUGAUAUCAUCGCUCAGCAGGGUAUUGAGAAGAAAGGGUGGAAGAAUCACGAUGUUGCGCGGACUGGCCGAAUCAUCUUCUGGGGAGGUGGAUUAUUCGCUCCGGCCGUUACAGUCUGGUUCAGACAGCUGCAAAAGAUCCCUAUUCAGUCCAAAUGGGGUGGAGCUAUCGUUCGAACGUCUCUCGAUCAAUUCUUGUUCGCGCCUGUGGUCGUGACUGGCUUCUUCACCGUCAUGACAUUGCUGGAAGGCAAGGACAUGAACGCUGUCAAGCAGAAAUGGAAUGCACAAUUCGUUCCCACCCUGCAAGCUAACUGGGGAGUAUUCAUUCCUACCCAGCUGAUCAACAUGGCCUUUGUUCCCCUGCAAUACAGACUGCUCGUCAUCAACGCUGUCAACAUUCCAUGGAACGCCUACUUGUCCCUGCAGGCCGCCAAGAAGGGACCUGUGGAGGAGAUCAAGGAGAAAGUCAAGCUCUAAACAAGAAACGGACAUUGCAUGCAGAACGUCGACGGCCCUUCAGUCGUCAUCCUCGUUCCCGUUCUCAUCCUCGUCAUCGUCAUCAUUAUCGCCGGCCGGAACAGAGAUAAAAUCGUUCAAUCUGGUUGUUAGUGACCGC